AUGCUUGUUAAUUUGUCAAUUAAUUUCUUUCAUAGCUAAAUUUGUGUAGUCAUUUUCAUGCUGUAGGAACUCGUGUAGACAUGCCAUGUACUAGGCCUUUUCAACCUAGAUGAAUUCAACUAUUUUAAUUUAAAUAUUGUCUCACUGUGUCACUAUGAUACUCUCAGUGCAGGACGGAGCGAGCUGUGUGUCGGAGAUUCUCACAGAAAAUUGUUUAGUAGUUAGCUGAUCAUGUGGAAGUGCAACAGAAGAAGAAGAAGAAGAAGAAUUAGCUGAGCAGUGGAGCGCAGGAGGGACUGCACAUGCGCACUGUGUCUCUGACCGAAGUGUGUACACAGUGGGCGAUCAGUGAAGCUACGAGCCAAGAGCCAAAUGAAAGGCAGCCGCAGUCAUGGCUCUUAACUCGGAACCAAGUGGCCCUUCGCUGCCAUUUGCCGGAAUACUGAUAGCUGUGGGAUCGAGUGUCAUCAACGGCUCGACAUUUGUGCUCCAGAAAAAGGGAAUAUUACGCUCCCGCGACAGAGGCGGCUCGUACCUGCGAGAUGUGGUGUGGUGGAGUGGCACAGUGUCCAUGAUUAUUGGUCAAAUUGGGAACUUCCUGGCAUACAACUUGGCCCCUGCUGUGAUAGUUACACCUCUGGGGGCCCUCGGAGUGUUGUUUGGGGCUGUGCUGGCUUCCUGGAUCUUGGAGGAGCAUUUGAAUAUCCUGGGGAAGCUCGGCUGUGUCAUAUGUUGCUGUGGCUCUGUUGUGCUCAUCAUACAUGCGCCGAAAGCAGAGGCCGUGACGUCGAGACUGGAGCUCGAGGAGCGGCUGUCAGACCCAGUGUUUGUAACGUAUGCCCUCCUUGUGGUCCUGCUUCUGAUCACUCUGAUUGGGCGGAUUGCUCCGGCUCACGGCACAUCGAACAUCAUGGUGUAUGUCGCCAUAUGCUCCCUGCUGGGAAGCUUCACGGUUCCCAGCAGCAAGGGACUCGGCCUGGUGGCCCCAGACGUCUUUGGUGAGGGGCCGGCGAGCGGCCGAGCUCUGGCGCUCUUCCUGGGCCUGCUGGGGACGCUGGCCAUCAGCAUCCUGAUUCAGUUCUUCUUCAUCAACAAGGCCCUGGAGUGUUUCAGCUCCAACGUGUUCGAGGCGAUAUACUACGUGACGUUCACAUCCACCGUGAUCCUCUCCUCCGCUCUCCUCUUCAGGGAGUGGACCGCGCUCACUGUGACCGACGGCCUUGCCGUGCUUUGUGGUUUGACAACAGUGUGUGUUGGGGUCGUUUUGCUUCGCAUCUCCCAGGAGGCUCUGAUCACCUGGAGGAUGGAGGAGGCCCGGGAGAAGACGGACUGAUUGAAUGUUUUGUUAUUUACACGAUUGUAAAGAAUUGUUUUGUACCAUAUUAAUUCCAGGUUCAAUGACCAAUGCAUCUGUGUAUUUAUGACUAGUUCCACAUACCAUUGUAACAUUUUCUCUAGAAAAUCAUUCCUGCUUUAAUUCAAUUAUUACAAAAGCAACUCUCAUCUUCAUGGAGACUGGGUUUUUUUUUCACUUUUAAAGGCAAACUCAAACUUAACAUUUAAUUUGUCAACUACAAAUGAUUCUCUUCACUUUCGUCUACAGUUUUCCUCUCCGGUCUUAAAGAGUUCCCUUAAAUGUUCUCGCUUUUCUCAAUUAGACAGACUGUCUCAGCGUAGAGUCACCUACACUUUGACUUAUUCAGUCUGCCUGUGAAUUAUUCAGUGACAUUUCAGAAGCGGUCUCCUUGGCGCAGGAGUUGUAUAGAACGUGAGUAUCAACAAUGAAUGGUUGAAUUGUCUAAUGGAGGAAUUUGUGGAGCUGAUAUUGAAAUAUAGACGCCUCUUUUGUCGUGAUAUGAAAUGUGGCUAUAUAUUAUACGUGUGUAAUUCAAAUGCCUUUUGGGUAAUGAACUAUUUAUUAACAUCAUAAAAAUGUUUAAUGGUGAUGCCUUGUAACUAUUCUUACAAGCUCUGUGGGUCCUCUUUUGAUAAGCAUUGGUUGAAUUUGCUUUAUUUUAAAGGAAUAAAACUAACGUUUUUCCUUUUUGAAUCGCAUGUUUGCCUUGAAUCGUUCUAACACUGUCAGUCAAGUACCCGGGGAUAAGAAACAGACACAAAUACCUUUCUGUACUGUCAGGCAUGAAUGAAUAGUUGAUGGAUCAUGUCAGUUUUAUUUAGAAUUUAAUAAUUCAUGAUCUUACCAUAGAUAAAUUAUGAACUGGAAUCUCAAGUUUCCUGCUAAGAAACCUGCUAUAUUUAAAGGUCAUCCUGCCGAAUGGAUGCCAUUUGCCGGUAGGAAUUCUUCCAACUUAAACUUUUUUUAAUGUUGUGUUUUCAACACUGAGUCUAAUAACACACAUAUUUAACUAUUCAAAAUGUGUAUUGGUCAAUCUCAGGCAACUUAAUUAUUUUUUUUUCACAAUGUGUUAAAGUGGAGGAUGGUUGCAGUUUUCCCAGUCCUGUGAACAACAUCCAAAUCUUUAAAAAAUAUAUAUGUUUACAAGCCUAUCAAAGGGGAGUUUUUUUUCUCUCCACAGUCUGUUGGGUUUUUUGAAUAUUGUGAGGUCGCGACCUUAAUAGGUAAAGUGCCUUGAGAUCAUAUAUGUAACCAUUUGGUGCUAUAAAAUUGAACUGUAUUGAUAUGAAUGUUUUAUCCUUGUGAAGCACUUUAUGACUGGUGUCUGUGAAAGGUGCUUUAUAAAUAAAGAUUACUAACUUAC